AUGACUCACACUCAAAACCAGAAACACCAGCUUGAAGAUCCUGGCAAUAUUGGCAUCUUGCAAGCCCCUCAAGCAUCGAAAAAAGGUCAAAAAAAAGCCGCGGCUGAAGGUGCCACCAAGUCAAAAACCUCUCCAACCACAAUUCUCCAGACUUUGCUGACCAACUUGACUCCAACCAAUGUUGACCUUGAGGGAUCUACAGAUAUUGCAGGCGCAAAAGCUUCCAAAUCUACUACAGUGCCAAAGAAGAUGCCAUUGCAAAAGGAUAAAGCUGCAAACGGUGCUGCAAGCGUUGUGGCAUCCAUAGAAGACCCCUUGGGCAAGCGGAAGAAAGCUCCUUCUUUGGUAGCCCAACAAGCCGCACUUUGGGAGGCAAUUAAUAAUGAUAAGAAGGCAGAAAAAAAGAAGAACCAGGGCAAAAAGGCAGCAGCUAAAACAAUCAACAAAUCACCCAAAGCAACCUGUGCAUUUCUUGAGUGCAUGAAAGCCACAAGCAACAAACCUGAAAAUAUCCCCCAAUCUUGUCCUGCCGGCUCUGCUUCCGGUACAACCACUUCAUACGGAGUUAUGGAUUAUGCGGCCAACCAUGGCAACCAGGCCCCGCUGAGCAAACGCGCCGCACUGAAUCAACUGAUUUGUGCAUACCAGCUGCCUGACACUACCGCUACCACAAGCAUUGUGUUGACCGCUUUGUCCCUUAAUAGCAUCACCCCAAGCAAGUCCAUAUCACAGGGCCACGCAACACCUACUGCUGUCAAAGCCCUGUCUUGCUCUCUGCCUAAGAAGAAAGCCAAGGCCACAGCCCAGUCUCUCCUGGCUGUCCCCAACCCCCUCCCCCCCUCUUGUGACGCUUCACCUUUCUCCAAGCAACUUGCAGACGGCAAUCUUGCCAAGUACAGCAGUGACCUUGGUGCCAACCCCGCAGAGCUUCUCAAUGGUAUCCCUAGACACCUUGCACCUAUCCUCAUAAUGCCUGAACCACUUCCAGAACUGCUCUACACUCUGGAGCGCAAGGUACCACUCCUGGCUAUUGAUCUUAGCGCAUUCCCUGCCGCCAAACGUGCUAAGAUUAAGGCUAAACAACAGCUUAAGCUCAAGGAUCUCAAGCCAGCUGAUAAUGCGGUUGUGUUGUCCACUAUUAGCCAAUUUGGGGCACUCCUUGUGGCUGUGUGUGGGUUUCCUGACUCACAAACCGCGUGGUUACUUGCUUGCAACGCCAAUCACUGGGCAUCAAAGAAACACAGCCGUCAUCUUAAGCUGACCAAAAAUUCAGAAUACCUCAAGCUGCUAUAUGAUUGCAUCCCAACAAUGCAAGCUGGCUUUGUUGGAGCAAGGGCUUGGACUGAUGUGGCGCUAGCCUACAAGCUCAAAAUUGCAUCUGGUGAAGCCAAGAUCAAAGGCAAUAGUGGCAAGGUUAAGCAUCUGCUUAGAGAUGCCAAUUUUACUCUUCCGUCAUCAGACAGCUCAGGUGGAAUGUAUGAGCAUAGCGUUUUCAAGGAAAUCUUGAAAAACAGCCUCUUUCAAUCUGCCAAAGGAGCUGGGGUUGUACACAGUGAUCUGUUUGGCACUCUCUCCCUCCCGUGCAUGGCGCUUGCAGCCACUGCAGUUGAGAAAGUACUAAAGAGCUACAAGUCAGGGACACAAAUCAAUAAUAGGUUCAAUGCAGUUGAUUUUAUGCCUGUUUAUUUCUUGCACUUAGCAACACUGGCUGUGAUUUACAAGACCAACAAGGCUCAGAACCAACUGAUUGAGCAUCUUCAGCAAACAGCCAACAACUUACGAAAACCGUAUCUGAACCUCAUUCAAUUGCAAGCUGUACGGCACAUUUGUCCACUAAUUCCACAAGCCCUGAUUGCUGCAAGAUACUGUGCCAUAGCCGCGCCUAUUUCUGCUUCAAGCACUAACACCAUUCCCCCAAAACGCCGCCCAAAAAACCCAGCAUCCACUCUAACUCAAGAGGUGGUUUGCCAGGUUAAAAUGCAGCUUGGGCCUCCUUGUUUGGCUUUGGUUUCCACCGCCCCCAAUUCCAAAGUUGUGGAACAUAUAUACAAUGCUUCUCACGCCGGUUGUGACGCAGGCACCAAGGAUUUCAGCAGCUUACUUGCUCAGGUGGCUGCUGGAAGCUCUGAUUCCAAAGUCCAAGCAAGGCAAGCCAGCGCACUUGAAUCCAACGCAGCCGGAAACGCAAUGGUUGUGGAUCCACCAGGCUUGGAUAGCGGUGACAAAAACGGGAGCAAUGGAGGAAGUGAAACCAUGAGCACGCUAGGCGCACCAGCGGGAAAAGAGCUCACCCUCAGUGGCAACAAGUCAGAAGUCAGUGGCGACAAAACCAAUGGAGAGGGUGUGGGAGGGCUUGUUUCUACGUCCCAACACCCAGGCAACGUUUAUAUGAGGACAGAUAACAGCACCCGCAGCCGCAACAAGGAUAACAAGGAAGAUGACAAAGAGGAGGAAGAUAAUGAGGAGGAAGAUAAUGAGGAAGAUAGUGAGGAGGAAGAUAAUGAGGAGGAGGAAGAUAAUGAGGAGGAGGAGGAGGAGGAGGAGGAGGAAGCGGAGGAGGAGGAAGCAGAGGAGGAGGAAGCGGAAGACUAG